CGCAGAAAAGAAAAAAAAAAUGCACACUUGAUAUCAAAGAAAAGAAUCAGAACAAAACCCAUUGAUUUCGCUUUCCCAAUCCUUAGAUUCACAUUCACCACCAUCCUUUACCAAAAACCCAUUUACAGCCCGGCCCACGUGAACCUCCACUCCCCCUGCCUGGACUUCCCACGUGAAUUCGCUGUAUUUCAGACCCCUUCCACCUGAGCUGCGCACAACCCGCUCGAUGAAAUGUCCGUGUCGUGUGGGGUCGAGUGCGUCGUCAUCCUCGGCUGCGUCCGCUGGGCCUGGAAGCGCUGCACCUACAUCGGCUCCGACGACAGCGCCGCCUGGCCCGCCGCCACCGCCGGCGAGUUCAACCCCGUCCCCCGCAUCUGCCGCGUCAUCCUCGCCGUCUACGAGCCGGAUCUCAGCUGCCCCAGGUACGCCCCCGCCGGCGGGGUCAACCCGGAAUGGGUGGUCAAGCGCGUGGCCUACGAGCAGACCGGCGGCCGGGCCCCGCCGUACCUGAUCUACCUGGACCACGACCACCGCGAGAUCGUGCUGGCCAUGCGCGGCCUGAAUCUGGUGAAGGAGAGCGACUACAAGCUGCUGCUGGAUAACCGGCUGGGACGGCAGAUGUUCGAUGGCGGGUAUGUGCACCACGGCCUUCUGAAAUCGGCGGCGUGGGUUCUGAACGAGGAGUCGGAGACUCUGGGGAGGCUGUGGGAGGAGACCGGACGGCAGUACAAGAUGGUGUUCGCCGGCCACUCGCUGGGGUCAGGGGUGGCGGCGCUGUUGAGCGUGAUAGUAGCCAAUCACGGGGACAGAUUGGGAGGGAUACCAAGGAGUCUGAUUAGGUGCUAUGCGGUGGCUCCGGCGAGGUGUAUGUCGCUCAAUUUGGCAGUCAAGUAUGCCGAUAUUAUAUGCUCUGUUGUGUUGCAGGAUGACUUUUUGCCCCGAACACCAACCCCAUUGGAAGACAUUUUCAAGUCCAUUUUUUGUUUGCCCUGCUUAUUGUUUCUCGUGUGCCUGAGGGAUACAUUCAUACCUGAAGGCAGAAAGCUCAGAGAUCCAAGAAGAUUAUAUGCACCUGGUCGAAUAUAUCACAUAGUUGAAAGAAGAUUUUGCAGAUGUGGAAGGUUCCCUCCAGAAGUAAGAACUGCUAUUCCGGUGGAUGGAAGGUUUGAGCACAUUGUUUUAUCACGCAAUGCCACCUCUGAUCAUGCUAUUCUAUGGAUCGAACGAGAGGCAGAGAAGGCCUUACAAAUUUUAAAGGAGCUCGAUAAAGAGACCCCAAUGACCCCUCCUAAAGUACAGAAACUGGACAGGAAGGUGACACUAGAGAAAGAACACAAGGAUGCACUAGAAAGAGCCAUCAGCUUGAACAUACCACAUGCUGUUACAUCACCUGAAGAAUCAUCCUUAGCCUGCACUGAAGAAGGUUCUUCGGGUGACAUAAGUGUUGAAAAUUGUACAGAGAACACAGAUCAUCAUUCCUCGGGGAAUGGAGAAUCAGCUUAUAGGAAUCCCAAAACCAACUGGAAUGAAUUGGUCGAGAAGCUCUUCAAGAAAAAUGACUCGGGACAAAUGGUGCUGAAGAAAGACGUAUCCGAUUCUGUUGCAGAAAAUUGCUCCUGAUGCUCGUGUCACGUUCUCUUUUUGUCUGUUUGUUUUGUAUAAACAAGAUUGUAGAAAAUCUUGGUUUGUAAUUUUUUUGGUUGUUCAAUUGUAAAUUCAUGUGCAGAUUGUUUGUGUGGAAACAGAAGAUCAUGAUUUUCAAAUGAAAGUGUUACCUUUUUUUGUACUGCUAUGUGAAGAAUUGGUUUAUGGUGCAGUUGAUGUUUAAUCUUUUGCCUUUACC